AUGAAAGAUAGACUGUCAGAUUUGCAGCAGGGUGCUAAGAUAGAAUUGUCCUUAUCAUCUCUUAUAAAGCGAUUAGACGAAGACUGGUCAAAUGAUUCAGACAAUGUGUACUUGUUGAAUAAACCAAGUAGUAGCAAGGUUGACAUGUUUCUGACGCAAGUAGAUGUAUUGAUGAAGGAGAUGAGCGGAAUGCAAAAGUUAUUGAAUGAAAUAAAAGAUUGGCAUUGGAAAAUUAUUGCUGAACCUGGAGAUCAUCCCAGUAUGAAUGUUGAACUGGAUAAAUCAGUGAAAAUCUAUACAACAAGGCUUUAUAAAAUCCAAGCUGCUCUUAAAAGCUUGAGUGCUGAAAUAGAAUAUCAGUUUGGUGAAUCAAAUAUGCAAACAACAGAAGCACGUAUAAAAAGAAAUCAGAUGAUGACGCUCACCAGAAAGUUUCAAUGUUUAUUAGUUGCAUUUAAUGAUGAACAGCUAUCAUACAAAGAUAAAUGCAAGCGAAAAAUUUCGUCUUACCUUAAAAUUUCUGAAAAUGCAAUGAACGAUGAAGACCUUGAAAGUGUAAUCGAAAAAGGAACUUUAUUUGAGUAUACUAAGCAGUUGGUUCUGGCAGAACGUGCUAAGAAAGCUCUAUAUGACGAAGUUAGGACACGUCAUGAAGAUAUCAUUAAAUUAGAAAGCAGCGUCAAGGAACUGCAUAACUUAUUUCUUGGGUUGGCUACUCUCAUUGAAAAUCAGGGUGAAAUGUUGGAUGAUAUUGAACGAAAUGUGGAUAGUGCAGUAGAUUAUGCGCAGAAAGCUCAUUCAAACAUCAUUAAAGCGAAAGUCAUGCAAGCAAGUGCCCGAAAGAAAGCUUAUUGA